UCAAUGUACAUACACUGUAUUGCCAAAAGUAUUGGGACACCCAUCCAAAUCAUUGGAUUCAGGUGUUCCAAUCAUCUCCAUGAUCACAGUUGUAUAAAAUCAAGCACCUAGGCAUGCAGACUGCUUCUACAAACAUUUGUGAAAGAAUGGGUCACUCUCAGGAGCUCAGUGAAUUCAAGCGUGGUACCGUGAUAGGUUGCCACCUGUGCAAUAAGUCCAUCUGUGAAUUUUCCUUGCUACUAAAUAUUCCUCGGUCAACUGUUAGUGGUAUUAUAACAAAGUGGAAGCAACUGGAAACAACAGCAACUCAGCCAAGAAGUGGUAGGCCACAUAAAAUGACAGAGCGGUGUCAGUGCAUGCUAAAGCUCACAGUGCGCAGAAGUAGCCUGUCUGCAGAGUCACUAGCUAAAGACCUCCAAACGUGGUGUGGCCUUCAGAUUAGCACAACAACAGUGCGUAGAGAGCUUCAUGGAAUGGGUUUCCAUGGCCGAGCAGCUGCAUCCAAGCCUUACAUAACAAACUGCAAUGCAAUGCGUCGAAUGCAGUGGGGUAAAGCACGCUGUCAUUGGACACGAGAAGGAUACUUGCCUGAGUGCAUUGUGCCAAGUGUAAAGUUU